AUGUUGCAGCUGCUACUUGCGACGAAAACUCGGCAGGAGCUGUUGCAGGGCGAUGCACAUGGAGCUGCUCUCAAUCGCUCGCUCACCACAUGGGACUUGCUGGCCAUCGGUGUGGGCUCAACGGUGGGCACAGGGGUGUUCUCCAUUACAAGCCAAGUAGCCGCGCAGCAGGCCGGUCCUGCUGUCCUGCUCUGUUGGUGCGCCGGCGGUGCUGGCUGCAUGCUUUCCGCGCUCGCCUACAUGGAACUCUCGGCAAGGCUGCCUGUGGCUGGAUCUGUGUAUGCGUUUGCAUACCAUGCUCUGGGAGAGGUCUUUGCCGUGGUCGCUGCGGGCUGCAUUACUCUGGAGUAUGGGAUCUCUGCUUCCGCCGUGGCCGCAAACUGGGGUGACAAGUUCAGGACUCUGGUGGCCUCGCUCGGAGCACCAUCGUUUGCUUCCCAUCUUACCACGAAGAUUGGCCCAGUGACACUGUCAUUUCCAGCGCUGGUAGUUCUCUUGCUGGUCACCGCAUUGGUCUAUGUUGGAGGAGAUCUGGGAAAGCGUUUCGCACGAGUUUCCUCGGCCUUGGCGGUGAUCCUAAUCCUCCUGAUGGUUGCAGCUGCCAUGACGAAGUUUCAGGCUGAGCAUUUCGAUCCCUUCGUGCCGCCGGAAUUUGGGCCUGCAGGCGUGAUGUCGGGAUGCGUGACCACCUUCUUCGGUUUCCUGGGCUACGACGAAGUCUGUUGCAUGGCCGGAGAGGCUCUGGAGCCUCAGAAGUCGGUUCCUCGCGCUGUGCUCGGGACCGUGUUCAUUGCGACGCUGCUGCCGGCCUUGGGAUCCGUGGCUUUGGUGGGCUUCUUGCCAUACAGCGACAUCGAUGCCAACUCGGGCUUCGAAGUGGCUUUCCGUCAGAGGGGGUGGACGUUUCUCUCCCACAUGGUGAGCAUUGGAGAGCUAAUCGUCCUUUUCGUCGUCACAUAUAUGUGCUUCUUAGCGCAGCCGCGGGUUUUCUAUGCCUUGUCAAUGCAUGACCUUCUUCCGAGAAGGUUUCGGGAUCUGGACGAGCACGGCACCCCCUGGUUUGCAACACUCUGGACCGGCUUGCUCCUCAUAGCCUGUGGGGCGCUGCUUCCCUUUAGCACCUUGGCCAAUGCCAUCUCCGGCGGCGUUUGCGUGGCUUUCAACCUGGUGAACUGCUCCCUCAUCGUUUUGAGAAGAGGAGGGCAGGUCGCAGUCCGUCAUCUGGGGGUUGCUCUGGUUGCCUUCAACUUGUUCUCUUUCCUUGCAGCCGUGCUGCUGCAGCGUGGUGGGGAAGGACUGCUGGCAUGGUCUCGCAUGGCUUCGCUCGCCUGUUCCAUUCUGACCUUGCUAGCCCUG